UUCGAGGCAAGUCAUACCCAACUACGAUAUGGGCUUUUUAGCCCAAAUAAAGGAGCGCCCGCAAAAUGAUGAAAAUACUAAAAUAGCCUCAUCGGAGACUUGGUUGGACGGAGACGAAUUGUGCGAAGAAAUGUCAAGUGAGGUAGAUGGCAUUGCAGAAGAACAAGGAAGAGCUCUUCUCGGCCAUAAUUAUGAUUCCUCAAUUCCCAUCGUCCAUCAAAAUGAAGACACUAUCUUUCCUUUGCCAUUCCAUCAUACAAAUACAUCAUCUUUACCCUCUCUUUCUGUUCCUAAUCAACGUCUUGCUUCUCUCGAUGUCUUCCGCGGUCUAACGAUUGCGUUGAUGAUAUUAGUUGACAAUGUGGGAAGAGCUUUCCCAUCCUUGAAUCAUUCUCCAUGGUUUGGGAUGACACUAGCCGAUUUUGUAAUGCCGUUUUUUCUAUUUGUGGUUGGCGUUUCUAUUGGUCUGGUAUUCAAGAAAGUCUCUAGAAAAUCCAAUGCCACGAAAAAAGUUGUAUUUAGGACAAUUAAGCUUUUCCUUUUGGGGUUGAUACUUCAAGGUGGGUAUUUCCAUGGGCGUGGUAAAUUAACAUAUGGAGUUGAUUUGAGCAAGAUACGCUGGCUUGGUGUACUCCAGAGGAUAUCUAUUGGAUAUUUCUUGGCCUCAAUAUCAGAGAUUUGGCUUGUGAACCAUAAUAUUUCGGUUGACUCACCAGCAGCUUUUGUGAAGAAAUACUUCAUUCAGUGGAUGUUUUCUAUCCUUCUUUGCUCAGUGUACCUUUGCUUGCUCUACGGUCUCUAUGUUCCGAAUUGGAAAUUCGAACAUUCUAAUUUGCUUUGGUCCAGUCGUCUAUCAAUUAUUGAAAACGUUCAUUGCGAAGUGAGGGGAAGUCUUGAACCUCCUUGUAAUGCUGUGGGGUUUAUUGAUAGAUUAAUUCUUGGUAAAGAUCAUAUAUACCAGCGUCCUGUGUAUAGAAGAACAGAGGAGUGUAGUGUCAAUUCUCCUGAUUAUGGACCCUUACCUCCUGGUUCACCUGGAUGGUGCCUUGCACCAUUUGAUCCAGAGGGUAUUCUAAGUUCAUUGAUGGCUGCAAUUACUUGUUUUAUGGGAUUGCAAUAUGGGCACAUAAUUGUACUUUUGCAGGGUCACAAACAGAGGGUACUUCUUUGGUCUGUGUUUUCCUUCUGUCUAUUGCUAGUAGGAUACAUUCUGGAGAUUUUAGGUAUUCCUUUAUCAAAAGCAUUGUACACAUUAAGUUACAUGUUCAUUUCUGCAGGAGCAUCAGGCUUAGUCUUGACUGCUAUCUAUUACAUUGUUGACAUAGAGCAGCUCAGAAAGCCUACAAUUUUACUGCAAUGGAUGGGAAUGAAUGCUCUUGUUGUAUAUGCAUUGGCAGCUUGUGACAUUUUCCCAGCAGUUAUCCAGGGUUUCUAUUGGCAUUCUCCUGAAAAUAAUUUGGUUGACGCCAGUGAAGCUUUGAUGCAAACCAUAUUGCAUUCCGAAAAGUGGGGCACAAUGGCCUUUGUAAUAGUUGAAAUUUUAUUCUGGGGUCUUUUUGCCGGUUUCCUCCACAAGAAAGGGAUAUAUAUAAAAUUGUAAUGGAUGAUGCAAUCAUGCAAAAGAAGAUGACGUGUACAUGACUGUUCCUUGUAGAUAUCUUCCAUUAGAAACUAGCCAUGUUUUUUUUUUUUUUUUUUUUUUCCGUAAGUACAUAUCUUGUUGGUUAUCUUUGUUGAUUCUCCUAUAGCCUGCCAAAGUUGUCUUUCUCAACUUUACCUUCGGAAUGUUUGAAAAUCAUUUUCACUA